AUGUCAAUCUCAUGCAAGUUUAUUACAUCAAUUUCUGAAUUAAAGAAAUUGCCCACUGCUGAGAAAAUAUCAAUCAGAUUCAUAUCCUUAUUGACUGGAAUAAAAUUUAAUGGAUCUAAUUCAUUCCUUUUAGAACUACAAGAUUUUCCUAAUGGGGUUCCCGCUUUGUCGCCAUAUAGAGUCAAAAUCAAAUACAACUCCACUAAUGAUAAACUGAAGUCUGAUACCGCGGCUGCCACAGAACAGACCACAACCACCGAAAACAAUUCAUCUUCUUUCAAACUGGCAAGGAUGACAAUAUCAUUAUUAUGUCAAUUUUUCGAUAUUGAUAUUAAUGAAUUUGAUAUUAAUGAGAAGAAGAAAGAACCAUUUUUCAUUGAUGAAAUUCAUUUGGAAAAAAUUUGUUUCAUUGAUUGUAAAUGUAUUUACGUUUCUAAUGGUGAAAAAAGUUCAUUAUAUUUAGAUGAUGUUAAACCAAUUGAUAUCUCCACUGCAAUCAAAUAUGCUACCCAAGACAAGCGACAGCCCGUUAGUACUACCUCUACUGCCGAUACCACAAAUGAUGAUGAUCAUGUGAUUAGAGACAAGCUCAUAUCUAAUAUUUUCAAUAAUUUAAUUAUGAUAGAUAAUGACAUUAAAUCAGAUUUUAAUUUUGUUAAAUUGGCCAAUUUCAAUAAUGAAUUAAAGGAAUUUAUUCAAGAAAGAAAAUUAAAAUUAAUGGAAGAGAAAAAAAGAUCAAAUCCAUUAUUUUUCUUUGGUGAACAAGGACAAAAUAGUACCGAUAGUAAUUCUAUGGAAUCUCAAAUUGCCUUUAAUUCACAAUUUUUCACACUACGUGAUUCCGAUUCCAGUACCAAUGCCAAUGUCGCUUCUCCAUUAAACAAUUCAAUCGGAAAGGAUAAUAAUAAUAAUAAUAAUAAUAAUAAUAAUAUGGAAUCAAGGUUAGAACUAAGAGAGAGAUCAUAUUCAUUAACUUCUUCAUUGUCAUCCUUCUCAAGUGAAGAAGAAAAUGCCCUCGAAAGGGAAAGUCAUGUGAAAAAAUUGAAAAUAAACAGUACUAAUUAUUAUGAUAUGGAAACGCCUGGGUUUUACCAAUAUGCUGAUCUUGGUACAAGGUCUAAGAUAAAAGGUAAUUUAUAUGGAAUAAUUCCAUUAUUCCCCGUUCCAAAUGACUUAAAAUAUAAACAAAAAUUCAAUUAUCGAUUUGAAUUUGUACCUAAACAUUGGGAUGUAAUUCAUUACAAUGGAGUACAAAAAGAGGAAACUGAAGGCAGCUUGAAUUGUAAUUGUAAUUUGAUUCCAUUUUUUAAUUCUAUUGAGAUUUUUGUAUCCAAUGAAGUUGACUUAUUUAGAUUAUUUCACGAUAUUCUGCCGUAUGAUACUCAUGAAGAUAAGAUGGCUUAUUUCAGAAAAUUGCAUUCAUUUCUUGGUAUGAAUGAGUUUGAAAUUACUAUCAUAAAGACAAAAUUAGAUAUUUCUUCAGCUAAGAAUGAUACUCAAGAGAAUGAGCUUGAAUUAUUUACAGACGUAUGGAAUUUUGAAAAAAUUGUAUUACUUGAAAAACAUGACAGACAAUCUAACGUUAUUGAACCCAAAAGACAUAACGAUGAACGGUAUCAUAUAAACGAGGAGGAGGUUAAGCUUAAUAAAAAAUUUAAUUUCCAAUUUAUUAAAUCUGAUAAUGAUCCAAAGAUAUUUUUCAAUGAAUUAAGACUGAAUCCCGGUGAUAUGAAAUAUAUUACCAUGUUUGGGUUACUAGUGUCAUUAACGUUUGAGAAUUCUUCAUAUGUUUCUAUGGUUUUCACAGAUUUUACAAAGAACAAUAUUGAGCAAAAAUAUUUAUUUGAUAGUUAUUUGGUUGAUACUAUGCGUAGACUUGAUAGUAAUGAAGGGUUUAGAGUUAUGAUGUACCAAGAUCAUUUCCGUAGUUUCAAUGAAAAUGUUACAUCCAUUUAUGGUAUGGAUUUUCAUGGUUUAAAAAAAAGUUGGACUGAGAAUUAUAGCAAAUAUGGUAUAGUUUGUAAAAUUUCAUUAAGUUGUAAAUUUUUCAAAGGUAAAUUGAAUGCUAUUUCAAGAGUUUGUAUACCAAUUUUACAAUCAAAUUAUUUGAAUCUAUCAAAGAGAGAACAGUUUAUUUUAGAGAAAAUCUAUUAUAAAGGUAUCAAGAGGAUUCAUCAGUCUGAUUUAUCAGAAUAUAUCAAAGAUUACGAAAAGUAUUUCCCAUAUUAUCAACACAAGGAUGAAAAUCAUUCUAGACAAAAUAUGGUUUCUAUACUGGAUAAAAAAUACUGGGGUAAAAGUUUCGUUUAUGAAAAACAUAAUGAAGAGGAUACUACUACUACUACUACUAACAACAACAAUAAUAAUAGUAAUGAUAUCUUCAAGAAUGUAUAUCAAAAGAUUCCUGGGAUUGAUGAAUUAGUUGGAAGGAAAAUAUCAUUUGAUAAGAAUGAUAAUAUUCCAUUAUUAAAUAUGCGAUCAACAGAAUUUCCCAAAUUAUUCCAAGUCCAUGGUAAAUUAAUUGGAGUUGAGUAUGGGAUUGGUAAUGAUACAAGGAACCCAGGGAAGACUAUGAUUACUUAUCUUUGCCUAUUGAUAACAGUACGAGAUCACAAUGAGGAAUUGGAAACUAUGAUUGAGAAUAGGAAACUUUUAAGAAUUGAAAUGUUCAAAGAAGAAACGAUUAAUUAUUUCCUCAAUAAGAGUGCAUACAAUAACUACGAUAAUACUGUUGAUGUCAGUCUUGACAGAUUACAAAAUUUUGUUGGUGAAACAUUCCAAUUUAUGGUCACUAAGGCACCAUUUCAGUUACAAUUGAGGUCAAGAUCUAUAAAUUUACUCGUUUGGUGCCCAGUUGAGUUUACAAUGGAAGAAAUGAAGUCCCAAUUGUGGGCAAGAAAGGAAGUAUCGAAAGACACCAAACCACCUUCACUUCCUCAAGAUUUUGAACAACAAUUCAUUCCUCCUCAGAGCAGUGCACCAGACCCAGUAUCAUAUCCAAGUAACUAUGAUCCUGUCACAAAUGUCAAAGUGGAAGAUAUCGACAAUGCUGUUGUAGAGUCCGUUUCAUUGGUAUGGCGUUAA